UGAGUUCCCUGAUCAUUGAACUCCGCUCUGAAGGAUAAUUGAGACGACAAUUGAGGAAUAUGGCGAACUACACAGAGCAAGGCAUUCGGCUGAGUUCGAUGUGCCCGACCUUCCUGAACAGCAACUCGACCAGUCACACCUGGCCCUUUAGUGCUGUGGCGGAGUUAAUAGACAAUGCUGCAGAUCCCGGUGUGUUCGCUAAACAGAUCUGGAUCAAUGUUCAUGAAGAGGCAGAUCACCUCUGCAUGACAUUCACUGAUAAUGGCGGUGGAAUGACACCCAACAAGCUGCAUAAGAUGCUCAGCUUUGGCUUCACAGACAAAAGAGGAGGAAGGACAAGUGUGCCAGCCAUUGGUGUCUAUGGGAAUGGCUUCAAGUCGGGGUCCAUGCGUCUUGGCCGAGAUGCACUUAUCUUCACUAAGAGCGGAGGCUGCCAGUCUGUGGGAAUGCUCUCUCAGACCUACCUGGAAAACAUCAAGGCCCAGAGUGUCAUCGUUCCUAUUGUUCCUUUUAACCAGCAAACCAAGUCACUAGUGGUAACUGAGGACUCUGAGGCCAGUUUGGCGGCGAUCCUAAAGCACUCCAUCGUCUCGUCCCAAGAGCAGAUCCAGACUCACUUUGACUCCAUCCCUUCAAAUAAAGGCACAAAGAUACUCAUUUGGAAUUUACGCAGGGCCAAAGACGGUAAUCCCGAAAUGGACUUUGAGACUGAUCCGACAGACUUCCGCUUGCCCGAGAUCCAAAUAAAAGAGCUACAGAAAAGUUUGAAAGACAGUGGAGUACAGAACAUUCCGGACAUGCAUUACAGUCUCAAGGCCUACCUUAGUAUUUUGUACCUGAGACCAAGGAUACAGAUUAUCUUGAGAGGAAAAAUGAUCCCGACAAAGAUGGUGUCACAGCAGCUGGCGCACGUCGAGUAUGAUGUGUACAAACCCCACUUUAGCAAAGACAAAGUGAAGGUGACUUUUGGCAUAAACAAGAAAAGCAGGGAAUAUUACGGCAUGAUGAUGUAUCACAAGAACCGUCUCAUCAAGGCUUAUGAAAAAGUGGGCUGCCAGCUAAAGACCUCUGGACAAAGAGCAGGCAUAGGCGUCAUUGGGAUUAUCGAGUGUGACUUUCUGAAACCCGCUCACAACAAGCAAGAUUUUGAAUAUACAAAGGAGUACAGACUAACGCUUGGUGCUUUGGGGAUAAAACUUAACGACUACUGGAAAGAGGUGAAAGAAAAGCCUAAAGAGAGAGAAUCUGAGCCGGCAGCAGAAGAACAGAAGAGCGUCACGCACAAAGGAAGUGUGGAAAAUGGUCCCAUGUGGUUACAAUGUGAGGAGUGCCUGAAAUGGAGGAGCGUCCCAGUUGGUCACUACACUGUUGUUCCUGAAAACUGGAACUGCAGUCAAAACCCAAACCCACGCUACAGAAGCUGCUCAAGUCAAGAGGAAACGAAUGACACUGAGGACCUGUUGACAGCGAGUUACAAUAAGAACCACUCUAAACGAGAAUAUUCCAGGCGUAAAAAACGAGACAAAUCGCCAAAGCCUGUCAAAUCAAGGCCCAAAAGCCCCGCCCACAGUUUUUCAGACCCCGUCCCGUCCAGUGAUGAAUCAACAGAAGCAGGGCCCUGCUCACCCUCACUCUCAGAGGGAACAGAGAACAUGAACGAAGACCAGGGACCAGAGGCAGACAGCACGAGUACACAUCUCACAACAGACAAACACACUGCACACGCUACACACAAACACAACACAGAAGCAUCGGAGCCAAGCAUUACACACAAACAGGGCCAAAUUAAAGGAACGACCUCUGAAACGCCCACGGAGCAACAGCGAACCCUUCAAAAAGACGAUGAGCCCAUGGUCCUUGAAAGCAUUAAGAGGAAAUCAGAUGAACCAUUUCAACUCAUAGAGAAGAAAUUGCGUCUUUACAAAAAGCGAGAUUUACCCAAGGAUAAGGACCACAAGAAGCCGGGUCCUUCAGACGAGACUACAGAGGAACGCAGGAGUCAAAACUACAACCUCAACCUGCCGCUAGUACCACAGGAGGAAAGCCGAGGAACGAGAAUGAAACGACUGAAACAGCUGGAAUGUGAGAGCCACAAGUUACGACAGUUACUUGGGUUGGAAAUUAUCAAGAAAACUCAAGGAACGAUGACGACUUCUGACGCCAAGAGCCUAAAUGAAGAGCAGAGAACGGUUCCAACCAGAGAGAUCGGGUGUCAAGCUGAAAUAACUGAGAAAUCAGUUUCAUGUGGCAGCAACACUCCCAAACUCCAUGAAGCGACGAUUCAAAGUUCUCGAUCGAUGUGUGGAUUUAAGGAUCCGGAGCAGAAACGAGAGAAGAACGACAACCUGAAGACUCCUGAAAAUGAAGACCAGAACGCCACGUUGGGACAGCACAAACUUCAGAGCAUCCGGAACAAUGUGUUGGUGCUGCUCACAUCACUGCUGCCUCAACUGGACCUGUCAGGCAUAAGUCUGGAGACAACCGACGUGGACAACAUCCUACAACAGAUUAUAGAAGUCAACGAACUGAAACUAUGAAUUACUAUGGCUCCCAGUUUAAAACUUUGCUCUUAUGUAUUUGUGUGUGUGUUUGUUCCACUGCAUACUCCGAGCCUUUAAUCUCUGAAGACGCAUUAAUUAUUGGUCUUGUUUUUACUGUCUAUUUAUAUUUUUAUACAUUAAAAUUGGCCAUCAU